GGGUGGGGGGGGUGGAUUUCGCCAGCCUUGGGGGGCACCUCGUCUUGUUUGAUUUUAGCUUCGUUGGAAUUAAAAACCAGAUAAAUAUUAUUAUCCCGCUUUAAACUUCCGCGCCCCGCUUUCCAGGACGCGCAUCCCGCCUGGCGGGCAGGCGAGCCCGGUACUGGUCCUUCUGGAAGUCCUGAGCUGGAGUCGGCUGGAAGAUGACCGAAUACAAGCUGGUGGUGGUGGGAGCUGGUGGUGUGGGGAAGAGUGCUUUGACGAUACAGCUCAUUCAGAACCAUUUCGUUGAUGAGUAUGACCCCACAAUAGAGGAUUCCUACAGAAAGCAAGUUGUUAUCGAUGGAGAGACCUGCUUGUUAGACAUCUUGGAUACUGCAGGGCAGGAGGAGUACAGUGCCAUGAGAGACCAGUACAUGAGAACGGGGGAAGGAUUCCUCUGCGUCUUUGCCAUCAACAACACCAAGUCCUUCGAAGAUAUCCACCAGUACAGGGAGCAGAUCAAGAGAGUGAAAGACUCAGAUGACGUUCCCAUGGUGCUGGUGGGAAACAAAUGUGACCUACCAGCCCGGACAGUGGAGACCCGGCAAGCGCAGGACCUGGCCCGAAGCUACGGGAUCCCCUACAUAGAAACGUCUGCCAAAACCAGACAGGGCGUUGAAGAUGCCUUCUACACCCUGGUGCGGGAGAUCCGCCAGCACAAGCUGCGCAAGCUGAACCCCCCAGAUGAGAGCGGCCCCGGCUGCAUGAACUGUAAAUGUGUGAUAUCGUGACUACGCUGACUGGAGCGUGUCUUGGAGAGGUUCCCACUGUGCAGAGCGCGAGGAAAGAGGUGAAGCGAAGGAAGAUGCAGACGGAUUCAGGGGAGGAGGCGAGGAGGAGGGGGAGCAUGAGCCCCUCCAAGGACUAUCUUGUACUUCACCCGGGCCUGCAGCAAAUGACUUUUGUUGGUUUUUUUUUCUUCCCCCAUCCCCUCCUCCUUUGGCCUUCUCCCACCCCGGCAACUGUACAAAGCCACAGAUUGAGUCACAGUAAAUUAUUAUUUGAUGGUCUCGACAAA